UGAAAAAAUUGUCGGCUCCAUGGCGAAAUACAUGGCAGAGGGGUUCGACGAAGGCGGGAAGUCGCAAGCUGAAAAGUACGCUCAAUUAGGGUUAGCCGAUGCCCUCUCCCGCCCCUACGAUUACUCCUCGUCUUGUCAAGAGCUGGCCCUCAUCCUCAGACGAGCUUACUCCAAGCUUCCAAAGAAUGUUCAAUCCCUCAUUUUCCGCGACACUCUCUCCGCUUUUCGCCUUCUUCCCAAUGUUGAACCAAGCAUUGGAAUUCCAGCUGCAAAUCUUCUUGUCCAAGCUGCAGAAGCUGCACUGCCCAAGCAGAAGAAAACACUGGCUUCAUCCGAGUUCAAGCAUGUUAUGGUUGCACAGAGGAGGCGUCUCAAAGUUCUCGAACACGAAGUGCAUUUGUCAGGUUCUAUACACCUACCACAGGAUAUCCUUCUCCAUGUUUUCAGAUCGCUUGACGUGAGGUCUUUGGUCAAUGCUAGCUCUGUUUGUCGGUCGUGGAAUGCUGCCGCAAAAGAAAAUAUGUUAUGGAUGUCUCAAUAUUCCAUAAUAUUUGGCAAGUUUAAUUUUUUUGUCCACAGCAAAUCCGGUGAUUAUGCUGAUAAUAUUGAUGCUAUUAUGAUAGGCAGAGAUUUGUCAGCUAAUUUUGAUUGGAGAGGGGUUUUUAUAAGGAGAUUUAUUGGUUGCUCUGCUUGGAGAUCUAGACCGCACCGGGCAAUUUGUAUGCAUUGUCAGUCAGUAAUCUGGCUCAGUGGCUUAACUUGUGAUACACCUCACCGUUGUCGUAAAAGUGAACAAGGCAGGAUAAAAAUCAAGCCUAUUCCAGCUUAUAUGCUUGUAGAUUAUCUACUGGACGAUUGCGAGAGUAGCAGACAUAAAUUGGCUUUCUCAUUCUCUGAUAGUGAUGAGAGUGAUUCUGAUGGAUCUCCUGCUCCUAAAUGGCUCCCUAAGUUGUGGGCCUUCCCGAGGCUGAUAGGCUGAGUUUUUUAGCUAAAUUACGAGAAACAUGAGCUCCAAGAUUUCAUGAACCUCCCGAGAAAUGUGUUGUGUUACUGCGGACUACAGACUUUCUUACGUUACGUCAAACACAAAUACGUGAGAAAGUUUUACGGUUGCUUCAGAAGCGUCUCUGAGAGGCACGACUUCUUCAGAUGGGCGGAUAUUCCGGCAUAUCGCACUGCUGACAGUGAUCAGGUUAGGAUGGUUUCCCUGGAGGACAGUGCAGCUCAUGACAUUCGUCGUCGGGGUUUAAUAAUUUUAAUUUUAAUUGUAAUUUUUUUUCUCUUUAUUUUAUCGGUUUUGAUACUCACUCUUAAGUGAGAAUUGUAUCUUAUUUUUUUAAACUGUUAUGAAUUGGUUUUCUGCUUCUGUAGUAGUGAUUAUGUUGCAUAUACUCCAACACACAAUAUUACUUAACAGUGACAAAAUGAUCAUUUAUUCAGAAACAACUGCAAAUUAGUUGUUUUUAAGCGG